AGCUGAUUGGAUCCAAACAGCCAAAAACCAAAACGCCAGUGAGUGCAGCGUUUAGGUUUGGCGGUUCGUGUUUCUCCCUUUUAUGCCCCCGAUUACACGCACGCCUCCCUUCAUAUUCCGUCAUAUACGUCUCAGUUCUUCUUCUUCACAGUACCUUGUUCUUCAUCGGACGUCUCCCUUUCUGAUGGCUCCUGAGCGGAAGAGAAGUAUAGAUGAAACUGAAAAUACAGUUGAAAAUAAAGGAGGAAGAGUUGUUUGGUCAAAGAGCUCACUUCACAUUCUGUGUGACCUUUGCAUCAAACAUGUUAUAAAGAGUAAAGGGAAAAGUGGAGGAGUGACCUCUCAGAGGCUGGCAUGGAAAAAAAUUGAAACUGAAUUUGAAAGACUCACUAAGUUCCCAUGGGAUAAAACGAAAUUAAAACAUAAGGUAGAUUGGAUGAGAAAUAGGUGGACGCUAUGGAAACAAUUGAAGGCGAAAGAUACAGGAUUGGGAUGGGAUCAUGUCAAAGGAACUAUUGAUGCUUCUAGUGAUUGGUGGGACUUAAAGAUUAAGGAAAAUGCCAAGUUUGAAUCAUUUCAAGAUGAAGGGAUUGAGCCUGAGCUAGAGUGUAAAAUGGAUCAAAUUUUUUCAUGUUCUGCCCAAGGAAAUCUGAAGUAUACUCCAGGAAAUAUUGCCUCACAGGAAGAUUUGCAACCUGAUAUGGAUGAUGUUUAUAUUCCUUCUCCACCUCCCGUGGUUCACCAUGAUACUCUUAAUGGUGAAAAUGAGUAUAUUGGGGGAGGGAGUACGGGCAAUGCAUCAUGGGAUGAUAUAUGGAGUGAGUUUAAUCCUAUGGGUACAUCACCUGCUACACCUGUCCGCCAAAAUACACAAAUUCAGAAUGAUGAUGUAAGAGCGGGUAAGAGGAACUUUGAGGGUGAUUCAUCACAAAGUAGUAAAAGUGCACGUCCAAAUCACGUCAAGAAAGGAGGGAUGGCAAUAUUCCAAGAUAUGUGUGGUGGUAUGAUGGAAGUAGUUGCAAAAAGGAAUGAGUCAUUCAAUGAAGUUACUAGAUUGAUGAAGGAUAUGAUUAAAUCCAAUUCAAGUACUCAUGAGUCAGAGUAUAGUCUUGGAGAAGCUAUGGCAAAACUCAUUUGUUUGGAUGGUCUGUCUUCAACUUCUCCUGAGUUUUUCUUUGCUUGCUCAAUGUUCGAAGAUCC